AUGUGCGGGGCGAAGCAUCCGCAGCCCACCUACCUCGACGCCGGCGGACGCUCGAAUACCUCAUCACCCCACCGACGCCAGAGCCCCGUUCCUGGCCGCUUCACCGAGGAGUGGGACGCCAGCCAGCGCGGCAGCUCGAUCCUCGACAAUCGCCGCGGCCGCGACUCGCCCGUCAUGUCAGCGUCUGGAGCAGGGCCGGCCGCCAUUGGAACGGCUGCCAUGCAGCGCUCCAGCUCGGUCAACAGCUACGCAGCCGGUGAUGAUCGCGGUCUUCCGCAGAGGGGCAAUACGCUGAAGAAGAAGGCCUCGCUGCGACGGAGCGGCACUGGCAGCUUGGUGCGAUCCAGCAGCCGGCGCAGCGCACGAGCGGGCAGCGUCAAGAGCCUCAUGCUUCAAACUGCCGACGCCGACGAGCUUCAAAGCCCAUUCUACUGCCCUGUACCAACGACCGGCAAUCCUACUGAUGUCCUUGCCGCCAGAUUCCAGACCUGGAGGAAAAUCUUGAAAGAUCUCAUUGCGUACUACCGCGAAAUUCAAACCCACUACGAGCAAAAGGCAAAGUCAAUUACCAAGCUGUCCAGCGUCUCGAACAAUAUCGCAACCCCACCUUCAUUUCUCCAAACUGCCGGACUCGACGAUGCCCUGCAAAUGAUUCGCACUUACAAUAAGACGGCCCUCCAAGAGGCUACAAAGGCGAAAGAGAUUGAAGAAGAUGUCAUACUAGCCCUUACCGGCUUGAGGAGUGAUUUGCAGCAGAAAAUCAAAGAAAUCAAGCACCUAGCUGGCGACUUCAAAAACAAUGUUGAGAAGGAGAAAGAGGCUACAGGCAGAGCAGUCAAGGCUCUGUCCGAAGUCCUGGGAAAGUCCGAGAUGGACUCUUCCAACACGACCGGCAAGCAGGAUCCCUACCUCCUUAAGCUGGCGGUCGAUCGCCAGAUUGAGCGCCAAAUCGAAGAAGAAAACUACCUGCAUCAGGCCUAUCUCAACCUUGAGGGCUCUGGUCGUGAGCUAGAGUCCAUCAUUGUAGGCGAGAUUCAAAAAGCAUACAAUGCCUACGCCGGCAUCCUCAAGCGCGAGGCAGAAAAUGCUCUCGAUAUUGUCGGAGAGCUGCGCGAUGGUCCCAUUUCUAUGCCUAAAGAUCAAGAAUGGGAGCAUUUUGUUUCCAACGACAACCGAGUGGUCAACCCUAACAUUCCUUUGCGCACCGUUGAACAGAUUCAUUAUCCUGGACAGGAUCAUUUCUCUGCACAAGAAAUUCGCGCUGGACUAUUGGAGCGCAAGAGUAAAUACUUGAAGAGUUAUACAGCCGGAUGGUAUGUACUUUCAACAACGCAUCUGCACGAAUUCAAGUCGGCAGACAAGGCGCAAGCUCCCAUCAUGUCCCUCUAUCUACCGGACCAGAAACUAGGAUCCCGAUCAAGCGAAGGAGGCCCAUCAAACAAAUUCCUCCUCAAGGGCCGACAAACCGGAUCCAUGCACCGAGGCCACACUUGGGUAUUCCGGGCCGAGAGCCAUGAUACAAUGAUGGCUUGGUACGACGAUAUCAAGGCCCUGACAGAGACGUCAUCAGAAGAGCGAAUAGCAUUUGUACGAUCUCAUUCUAGGAGGAGCACGAGCCAGUCGUCGCAUCGAUCAGUCAGCAGCAACGAGCUCGACGAGGAAGACGAGCCGCCCUUCCAAGCAACUGAGCAGGACGUCCUCGCGGAACCCCGAUCCGAAUCGCGACGGCCCCAACCAGGUGGGCGGUUCCCAUCCGACAUACAGGUCAAUGCCCAACGAGGCUUACAGGUGCCUCACUCUCCAUCUAGUGCCGGAUCCAGCCAGGUGGCGUCGCCGAAUGCCCAGAUAAUUGCUGCCGCAACUGCCAUACCAGGAACGGCCACGACUGCCUAUGCUCCGGAACAUCAUGCGCACUACGAUGAAAACCAUCCCGACUACGGCCAGAGAGGCGAGACUCCCAUGAAUGAAAUGCACGCACAGGCAGUCAUUGCCAACCAUGAGGCUCAGGUCGAUGGCGUCAACCCGUAUACGAGCGAACCGCUUGACCAGGGCCAAGGCAACCAACGAAAUGGAACCCAUGAUGCUGCUAGGGUUAAUGGUGCCGUUGGAGGUGAGAUGCAAGAGAUUAACGGUGGCCAUUAUACCAACGUUGGAGGCGCCAGGGAUGGGCACGUUAACAGUGUCAACCCGAACACAAUCCCCAGGUCUGAGACUCAGACAGACGCUGGUGGCUUGCAAGCUCUUCCAGGCCAGGGAGACGGUGCGGUACCAACCACUGCCAAUCCUGCUGCUCGAACAAUCAAGGACAUGUCGGUAUCGAACCUACCGAUGCCAGGCAGCUUCCCAUAAGAUGAAAAGCAAAGGUCUAUAUGAUUUUGCCUUUAGUCUAAUUUUUUUUUUGUUAUCCGUCCAACACCAAAAAAAUGGGUACACGUCAGCUUAUUUGGAUACCAUUUCUUUUUUUGAGCUAUGUUUUUAUGUCUUGUACCAGUCAGUAUCUCGGAUGCUGAAUGUGUGAAAGGAGGGUUACGGCGGGAACCAAGCAACAUUGUUGCGUGAGAUGUGGGCGUCUUUUUAUGCUAU